UUCCCAAAACCCCCAACCUCUCGUCUAAAAAAAAAGAGAAAACCCCCAGCUCUCGACUCUCCGUGCUCACGGUGGUUCGCGGCGGCGGCGAUGCGCCAGAGCCCGUCGCCGGCGGCAAUGGACACCCCGGACUUUAGAGUCAAGCUCGGCUUCGAGAGAUCCCUUCGAUGCAACCGCCCGUACGGCGGGUACCCGCGCCUCCCGAGCGAGGGCUCGCCGCAGAUGGCCUUCUUCGACGCGGCCGCCGAGGGCAACCUUCCCCGCCUCAGAGAGCUGGCGAGAGGCAGGGAUGCGGAUGGGCUGGCCUGGCUUGCCGACGUGUGUCUCGUGGGCGGGGGGCCGCUUCAGACGGCGGCACGCAUGGGGAAACUGGAUGCCGUCAGGUGCAUGGUGGAGGAGCUGGGCUUCGAUGUCAAUGCGGGCAGCCAAUCUGGUUUAACUGCUCUGACUGCUGCUGCAGUGGAUGAAAGAAUGCAUGUUAUGAGAUACCUUCUGGACAAGGGGGCUGAUGUGAAUAAGCCAGUCUAUUCAGGCCAUUCUCCUCUUCACCAUGCUGCAAAAUAUGGACGUGAUGAAGCAGCACGAUUGUUGCUAUCCAGAGGAGCUAGUGUUGAUUCAACUUUUCGUGGUCUGACACCACUACAUUUUGCUGCUGGCUUUGGGAUGAUUGGUGUCAUGAAAGUACUGUUGGAGCACCAUGCAGAUCCAAACAAGAUCUCAGAACAGGGACGUACUCCGCUGACUGCAGCACUUUAUGCCACCGAUUCAGGACUACCUGAAUCUAUUUCACUGAAGUGUGUCAAGCUGCUUGUGGAGGCAGGCACAGAUGUAAAUGCUGCUAAUAUUGAAACUCCAUUGGUAAUAGCAACUAGUUAUGGCUUAACUGACUGUGUCAAGUACCUGUUGAAGGCUGGUGCAGACCCUAAUAUCCCACAUAUUCAUACUGGUGCCAAGCCAAUAGAACUUGCUGCAAUCCGUGGAAGACGGAAGCUUGUGGAGUUACUAUUUCCUUUAACUUCUCCUAUUCGAACUGUACGAAACUGGACCGUUGAAGGAAUUAUUGCCCAUGCCAAAAGGCCCUCUAAGCCCUCUAAGCCAACGGUUAAGCAUGAUAAAAGUACGAAAGUUCAGUUGAAAUCAUUUGGUGAGAAAGCUAUUAAGAGAAAGGACUAUCAUGGCGCGUCAAAGUUCUACACCGAGGCAAUUGAGCUGGACCCUAGUGAUGCGACGCUGUACUCAAACAGGAGCCUUUGCUACCUGCAGACUACUGAAGCAGAUAAGGCUUUGCACGAUGCUAACACUUGCAUAAAACUGCGCCCUGAAUGGAUCAAAGGUUACUACCGGAAAGGAGCCGCUCUCAUGUCGCUCGAGGACUACAAAGAAGCUUGUGAUGCAUUCAUGGCUGGACUGCAGCUGGAUCCUGGAAACGCCGAGAUGGAGAAAGUGUUCAUGGAGGCGGUCGAGGAAAUGAAGAAGGAUCACUUGGCUAGAAAAGGCUCCAAGCCAUCCGAUUAAAGGAAAACCGUGGAUCGCCCUGCCCCAUUUCAUGUAAAUAUUUAUUCUAGUGCCAGGAAACAUACUCAUCUUCUUUUUGGUACCGUACUGAGUAGCAGAGCACCAUGAUCUCUGGUUUGCCUGUCAAUGGCGCUGUCGCAGAAUGCCACAGCAAACCCUAGGAAGUAGACGUUUCCUUUCCUGCGUACAGCGAAAGAGGAUCACCACGUUGGUCAUCUGGAUGGAUGGGCAUUGCUCCUUAA